UCGCCCCGGCUCCUCUCCCGGGGACCGCCUGUUGCACGCAGCAUCUCUCGCUCGCCCUCGCCGCGGGGAGGGGCGCCCCUCCGGACAGACAGCAGCGAGCACGGCCCCGGCUCCCCCUCCCCGCACCGGCCCGGCCUCGCCUCCGCCCGCCCCCCGGCAGCGCCGCACCGGGAUGCCCCAGGCCGGCGGGGGGGCGGCCAGGUGCCACGCGGCGCUCCGUGACACCCCCACCCCCCCCCGCCGCUCUGCGCCCUCGGGGCUCCCCCUCCCGCUCUGUCCCUCUCUCCCGUGGGGCUCUCCGCUGCUCUCCCUCCCCAGCGUGCGUGUCCCCCGGCAGCCGGCGUGCGCUCGGCGCUGGAGCGCAUCCGGAGCGGCCGCGCAGCCGGCUGCCGGCUUUAGGAGUUCAUCGGGGCUCUCCGCUGGCCGUGGAAAUGUCUGUGCAUCAUCCUCCUCCUCCUGCCAGCCCGGCGCCUCACCAGGUACAGCGGCUGCAGGCAGGAGCCCGCCGCUCCGACAGCAGAACUCGGCUUCUGCGUUGGUUUGUUUGUUUGUUUCCUUAGGAAACUUUCGUCCUUGCGCGUUUCGGGUCCCUGCGGGGGUCACUCAUCCACCCGGCUGCCGGAACCUGGAGGACGUGAAAUCCAAAGAGACCUGGCACAUCAGCAGAGGAACCGAAGGUCCAGAUAUCCCCGUGGCUAAUCAAAGGCGAGACUGGGACGUUUGCAACCAGAGAGCUAUUAAAAACCCAGGCCUUUUAAAGCUGUUGCUGGUGAGAUGGAAACUGAAGUCACAGGCUGUUUCUCAAGGAAAUCAAGUCCUGGCCUGUAGGUGAAAGGCUGGUACCAGCUUACGUAGUAUCCUAUCUCCUGGUUGAAAAGGGAUUCACAUGGAAAGCAGGGCUAAAUUCCUGGUAUGUGGCAGCAAGCCCUCAACCGGCUCUUUUCACAGUCUUUUGUCUUUAAGGUGUCAUUAUUGACUUCCUUUGAACCAUUCUUUUCAAAUACUGGAUGAAGGCAUAAGGUCAGGAACCCACAGGACCUGUCUCAAAGACAUGAGCUGUGCUUCUUGUCGGGAAUACCCCUCUUCCCGUCCAAGUGAAACACCUGCAGGUCUGGCCAUACGGAACCUGGCAAUGCCAAACCUGCAAGCCAAAGAGGUGAACACGUGUAUUCAGGACACAAAGCUGCAGCUUUAACUUACAUGUGCUUGUUGUCGUGGUUGUUUCUGCAGGCUGAAUUUUCUGUCGGCCGGAUUUUGUGUGGUAUUACACAUGAGCUUUAUGUAUAAAUUUCAACACUUCAGCUUUGUUAAAGCAGGGUUGCUGACUGGCAGAACAGCUGCAUAAUAGCCAAGUUUGCCGCUAAUAUUGCCUGCAAUAUUAGGGACAAACAUUAGAAAGUGUAUUUUGAUUGUUAUGUUACAAUGUUCUUAUUUUACAAAAGAAUCAAGAGAAGUCAUUAACAAUAAAUUCAUUGCAAGGUAUAUUCAA